CUAGGGACUCAGAGCGGAUGGUCCUCUCCUGCAGUUGCGUACGGUUUCAGGGAAUCUGCAGUAUUAUUUUGGGGCCUCCCUCGCCAGUUCGUUCUCCAGUGGAGAUAUCUGGCCCUUAGCUCUCACGUCUUUACACAGAGUGUCCCCAGAACUAUGGCCGAAUACUCGUAUGUGAAGUCCACCAAACUCGUGCUCAAGGGAACCAAGGCUAAGAGUAAGAAGAAAAAGAGUAAAGAGAAGAAGAGAAAAAGAGAAGAAGAUGAAGAAACUCAACUUGAUAUCGUUGGAAUCUGGUGGACAGUAACAAAUUUUGGUGAAAUAUCAGGAACCAUAGCAAUUGAAAUGGAUAAAGGAACCUACAUACAUGCACUUGACAACGGACUUUUUACACUGGGAGCUCCACAUAAAGAAGUUGAUGAAGGCCCUAGUCCUCCAGAGCAGUUUACAGCUGUCAAAUUGUCUGAUUCCAGAAUUGCCCUGAAAUCUGGCUAUGGAAAAUACCUAGGUAUUAAUUCAGAUGGACUUGUUGUGGGGCGUUCAGAUGCAAUUGGACCAAGAGAACAAUGGGAACCAGUCUUUCAAGAUGGGAAAAUGGCUUUAUUGGCCUCAAAUAGCUGCUUUAUUAGAUGCAAUGAAGCAGGUGAUAUAGAAGCAAAGAGUAAAACAGCAGGAGAAGAAGAAAUGAUAAAGAUUAGAUCCUGUGCUGAAAGAGAAACUAAGAAAAAAGAUGAUAUUCCAGAAGAAGACAAAGGAAAUGUUAAACAGUGUGAAAUCAAUUACGUAAAGAAAUUUCAGAGCUUCCAAGACCACAAACUUAAAAUAAGUAAAGAAGACAGUAAAAUUCUCAAAAAGGCCCGGAAAGAUGGAUUUUUGCAUGAAACACUUCUGGACAGGAGAGCCAAAUUGAAAGCUGAUAGAUACUGCAAAUGACCAGAAUUGUGUUUCUUUCUUCUCCUAUUUGUUUUUUUCUGAAUAAAAUAAUCAGUGGAAGUGUUUUUAUAGAGCUCUUGGGCUGUUCAGGAGUUACUGCUGAACUAGAGCUAGUUUAAACAAGAUUAAUCAAGUUUAAUCGAGAGUCCCCAAGGGUUUACUUUUUAGUUAACUGUAGUGUUUCACAUGGAAUUGAAACAGAGUACACACUGAACAUACCAUAGAAUCUUUUCUCUUUUCUAGGUUUUCUGUCAUAAAGCAAGAGAUGAUACUCUGUGAACCCUGUGUGUCUUGUGCAGCUUAUGGGAUCUCUUAUUGCUUUACAGUCUUACUUUAUACCACUGAUGCUUAAUUAGGACCUUUAAAUGGAAGUUAGAAGCUCCCAAUCCAGUCAACAAGGCUUUGAUUCUGCCUCCUAAAUCCAAAUCACACAAGCCAAACAGAUAUCAAACAAAGUGGGUGGGAAGAGAGAAAGAAAUCAGGUAUUAGGCAGUAGGAUGGGAAUAAGAAACAUUACAAGAGAAGUAGGCUCUGAACGGUGAAUAAUAAGAAAAUUGGGAAAAUUCCCUACGUAGAGACAGGAUUGGAUGAGAAUGGAGCUAUUAAAGAGGUACAGAUACUAUACAUUGCUGAGGUCUGCUAUGCUGAGACACUUUUAUUCCUAGCCUGUAUCUCUCUGAAUUCCUGAACACAGUAUUCCAGAUGUCACCUGACCCUGUGAGUGUUCCAGAAUGCAGGUUGUAUAUCAGAUGCCUGGGCUCCACCCCUGGGAAUUCUGCUUCAGAAGGACUGAGUCUGGCUGAUGCAUCUCUAUGUUUUUAUGAUUCCCCGUGGAUGAUGCACAGCCAGGGCUGAGACCUGGCCUAAGUGCCAGACCUGUCUAGUUCUCAGCCAUUGUAUUCCAUUGGUCACUAGCUCUGGAGUUAGACAGCCACUCUCCAGCAAGUAAGGUAAGCUUACCAGUAGCAACCUUAUAAAGGAGCUCUUGCUGUAAAUCUAGUCCUAAAUUGUCAUUCCAUUUCAGUAGCUGGUUAUCCCCCACCCCCCCAUCUUGUGUUCUUCUUCCUCUGAUCCUUAGGCUAGGAACAUGCUUACUACUUAGACAGCUGAAAACAGUGGUUCUCAACCGGGGACCAGUGUGGCUCUAAGGGGUUGUCACAGCUGAGAGAAGAGGUGCUACUGGCAUUUAGGGUUACAGACUGGGAAUGCUGCUUAACAUCCCACAAGGCACAGGACAGUACCCCCCCAUAAGAAAAAAUUUUCCAGCCCAAGAUAGUAACUGCCAAGUUUCUGACACCUGCCCUUGGACUUAGUCUGUUUCUUGCUUUUGUCAGCUCCCAGCCCCUAAAAAUAAAUAGUAGUUCAAAUUUAUAUAUGUAAGAAUUACCUGAGGUACCUGUAGAUUUUCAAGAAUCAUCCAUAAAGAUGCCAGCUUAGCAAGUCUAGGAUUGUGUCCUAGAAUUGACAUUUUAACUAGCACUCAAUGUAAUUCUGAAGCAAAUGAUCUGAAAUAUACUUUGAGAAACACUACCCUCAAGAGAUUGAAGUCUUGCCUCCAACACUAGCUCAGUUCCUGAGACCAUCUGCCAGCUGACUGAUUUCCCUGGAACAAGCAUUCAUUCUAUCUGCCUCAAUUUCAGAACAUAGUGUAUUCCUGGAUUCCCUGUCACCAUGCUCACCCUCAAGCUCCCCCAGGUCUUGUCCUUUUCAGAGAGCAAAACUAAUUUCAGGUCCUGAUACCUGGGAAGAUAGAUUAAAAAUAUGCACUGCCUGCCCUUUGGAGUUUAUGCGCUACUGAAGGAGGAGAGCAAGAAAAAAUCACAGGUAAUAGAUAAGUGUUCUUCCCAAUUUCUAUCAUUACACUUGACUCCAACCCUCAUUAUAGCACUGAAGGUAAUCUGGCAGAGUGACAGGAGUCAAGAAUAAUAUAUCUAAAUAUUGUCGUCUGGUCCACAUUUUUCUUCUUGUACAAAAGGAUGUCAUGAAACUUGUUUAAAGCACUGUCAAAGUCAAGAUGGAUUCUGGUCAAGAAUUCCCCUGAUUUACCAGUCCCGUAGCCAUGUCAAAAAGGCUUUAUAUAGGGACGCCUGGGUGGCUCAGUUGGUUAAGCAGCUG